UUUGCAAAGGGAGGAGCAGUUUAGUCAUUUAUUUUUUUUCGUUAAUUUUUUCACGUGGGAUGGAAAAUGUGAAAAAAGUGGAGCAAUUGAAAAAUCGCAAAUUUGACAAGUUAAAACGGUAAAGGAAAAUUGAGCGACAUGCGGGGAAAACGCGAAACAAAGACUGAACAAACACUAAACGAAUGAAGAGAACUGUCCCCCUUUUACGAUAAAAGGCUGCUCCACGCCACACAGAAGACAUCCCCAGAAUUAAUCCUUUUUUUUUACAAUUCGUUAUAUGUCUAAUUGGGGUGCUGGACAGUUGAUUGUGGUGAUCCGCUGAGUAAUGCACACACAUACGUACAUACUUUAUUUCAUUCGAAAGGAAGCGUCUCAUAUUUUCCCCUUUCCUUUGUUUGUCUGAUUGAGUAAAGAUGGAUGGACACAAGGCAAUGAACAUGGACAAGCUGGGCGAAAUUUUCAGUAGCACAGUUGGAUUGAUGCAGAAUGCCGUGCAAGGUUUGGCUCAGAGAAAUUCCACCAUAUAUAAUUUACUAUACAUGAGUGACAAUAUGCAAAACAAGGGGGACUACGAGGAGCUCCUCCCCAAUGAAAUGAAGUUUAACAAGCAGCAAAUUAUAAAAUGGGUGCUGGGGGCCAUUCUCCUCUACAUGCUGGUCACCGUCCUGUCGUAUAUUUUCGUGAACUACAUUUUGUUCUACGCAGUGAUCUUCAUCGUCGUGGCUGUUGCGAUAAAAUUUUACUUUUACUACCAACAGAAUGACGAGACGCCGUUGCUGCAGCAGACGAAUUAUCACCACUUUGAAGCCCACAGCAUUUAGCGCAUUACCUCAUUAGCGGAUGUUGUGUUGUGCUUGGCAGGGAGGAAAU